ACAAGAGGACAGUGCUGAGUACGACAGUCAUCGCAAAAACAUGGCUUCUUCGUCGUUCCUUCGUGGAAAUGGGAAUUCAGUCGCUGUAAUGCUUUUUUUGAUGACGUUUUGUCUGUGUUGCACAGCAGAUUUACUAGAUCCAAGCCUUUUCAGUCAAACACUAACCAAACUAGCCACAGAUGGACUUGGCGUCUCUAAUUUGCAGGAGCAUUUUGACAGGUUAAAGUUUACAGAGACAGUCGUGGAUGGCAGUCAACUUAUCCCCAAUCUGGCAGCAAGUGUCUCAAACAAAUUCAGAGACAGGUUUCACGUUGUACAAAGGCUUAAGACAGCUGUUGAGUCCUCCUGGCCCACACCUCCCUCAUCAAUCCCGACAGAAUGCUGUCGGGUGUCAAGUUCAUCUAAAAAUGCAGAAUAUGACUCCAGAUUUCGCAAACGACUCGACAUAUCAAGUGCGUGCGUAAAAGUAUCUCAAAAUGCUCCCCCAUCACCUAAACAUGUCGCCAAUUCAGUCGUGGAGGAGAUGAAAAAUAUUUUGCAAGAUAAUCCUUUCAUCAAGUGGCAAUAUUUUGCAUCAGAAGAAGGCACGUUGGCAAAUUACCCAGCAUUUGAGGAUACGGAAGAUUGCAGAUCUUAUGAUCCUCGUUUCAGGCCAUUUUACGUGGAAACGGCCACGCCGAAGCCAAAGGAUGUUGUUCUUGUUCUCGACACCAGUGGAUCGAUGAAAGGAAGCCGGCUAAGGAUCGCUAAGGAAGCUGCUAAAACUUUUCUGAGUACAACGAAUCCCAGGGACAGGAUCGGAAUAGUAAGCUUCAGUGAUAAAGCAGCCACACCAAUAGGGUACAGAGGUGAUGGGCGUGACUGCCACAGCGAACGUUUAGCAGAUGCCACACCAAUCAAUAUAAAAUACAUGGACAGCUAUGUUGAUUCACUGUCUGCUGGAGGAGACACUCAAUACUCCAAAGCUUUUCGCUCAGCCUUCAAUCUGCUGAAAGGUUCCUCUUCUGGAGGAGAAACCUCAAGGACGAAAGUCAUAAUCUUUCUAACGGAUGGUAAACCAACCGACGAACCAACGGAAAUCAUGCAAACAAUACAAACAGAGAACGCAGAGCUUGAUAACAAGGUGGUAAUAAUGACGUAUGGGAUGGAACAGGACUUACAAAUCCUUCGAGAUAUUGCCAAUCAAGAUGGUGGACGCUAUGGAGUAUCGCAAACCUCUGACGUUACUGCAGGGAAAUUUACUUACGUAGGAAACACAGAAAAUUUGCGAAGAGACUUGGCAACGUAUUACGAUUUCUUCUCUGAAAACUUAGUGCGCGAUGCACCAAUCAUAUCCAUUCCUUACAUUGAUGCCUUUGGCACGGGUCUGUUAACUUCCAUAACACUCCCAUGCUAUUACCAAGGGAAAUUCAUCGGUGUUGUUGGUACCGAUAUUAGCAUGGAAGACCUUCUAUCGGAAAUCACAUACUUUCAGAGAGGCCAAUCAAGCUACGCUUUCAUGGUGGACAGUUCUGGGAGGACCAUGAUGCACCCUCUUUUACCAGCCCCUUCAGAUGCAUUCGGUGACCCCAUUUUCAUGGAUAUAACAGCUUUAGAAGCUGAACCCGAGUUUACCUCAGUGUUUCUAUCAAUCAAAAGUGGUAAAUCUGGACAAAGAACAUUUCCAUCAAAGCGUUUCCUGGCUCGUGGUGGACAAGUGGAGGAAGGAGUAACAGUUGCAACUUAUCGGUCGACCUAUUUCUGGGAACCAGUUCAGCACACUAAUUUUACUGUUACAAUUGUGGUUAAAGAUGGCGAUAAGGAUGAGAUACUGGACACUCAGACUAUUCCUUCCGAUUUUGAAUUCUUAUAUCAUCGCUUGGACUUGGUGAAGCCGGAUUCGCCAUGCGUUCACUUUUCAAGAUAUGCAGCAAAAGAUUCAACUGUGGUAAAGUUUAGUGCAGAAGCCUUUACAGAUCCAUACAAAUACCUUGGACUGGAUGAGUCAGUAUCUAAAGUGAACGCUUACGAAAGGUUUAUGAAAAGUGCAAGAGCAAUCAACCCCGGAUUUAAAACUGGCAUACGUAAUACAGUCAUAGCGACCAAGAAGGUGGAAGAUAUUUGGUUUCGAGAAAAGACGGAGUACACCAAAUAUCUUGUUUGGAGAUAUGUUGGCACAGCCAAUGGUGUUUUCAGAAUGACACCUGGAACUUUACUGGCCAAAUCUUACGAUCCGAGGAAAAGACCAUGGUAUCACACCGCUCUCAGCAACACGGGAUCAGUUGCCCUCUCCACGCCCUAUAUAGACGCCUUCGGUGCAGGAGUGGUGAUAACUGCAGCCCACACCCUCUACCGCGGUGAGACAAACAGCCAGCAUAGUACAAGUGAUCAGGUUAUUGGAGUCAUGGGCGCAGAUUUUCCCCUAUCAUACUUCCAAAAACUCCUAACAGAUACAUACCCAAAGUGUGAGGAGAGCAGCUAUGAUUGUUUUGUUUUGGACAGAGCUGGAUUCCUAAUCAUGCACAAUGAUUUCCUACAGCCAGAUAUAACAGCUAAAACUCUGGAGUAUGUCCACAUCACAGAAAAAGAGAAAGACAUCUCCGAAGAUCUGAUACAAAAAGGUUAUCUGGUGAAGAAGGAAUGUCGAAAUUUGGAGAAAAUCGGCUUGCAGAGCUUUUACGAGCUAAAGCUGCCAUUUCAAGGAGUGAGUACUCUUGAGAAUGGACAACGUUGCAAGAAGUAUCAGCUCUUGAAAGUUGGUGGAAGUAAUGCCUUUUUGGGAAUCAUAUCAAGGGAGGGCUCGUGUUCAUCCAAGGCUUGCAGCUGCUCCACUAACAAAGAAUGUUCCAACGUGAAGGGAUUGAGUUGCGAAUGCCCUUGUUCCUCACGACUUGAAUUCCAUUACUGUAGGAGUGAAUUUCCAGCCAGCAAUAUUUCCAUUUGUCCCGUGCCAGCGACUGUUGUUCUCUCUGAGCGAAUAAAUGAUCCUUCAGUAAAUGGCUUAGGGAAAUGUUUCGACCCACAAUGUGACAAGAAGCCUGAUUCAGAGUCAUGUGACGGAGUCGUGGGCUGCUAUUGGUGCGUUAGAGAUAAGUUCAAUACUCCCCUUUCCAAGAAAUACUGCGCAGAUAUCAAUACCUGCUACGGUGGCACACAAGGCACGAGAGCCCCAGGAAGCGGUAAUAUUCCUACCAACCCCACCAAUCCAGAAGAUGACGAUGAUAAGGGUGGUCUCUCGGCAGGUGCCAUUGUUGGUAUUGUUCUGGGGCCGAUCGCUGUCAUUAUUGUGCUUACUUUCAUCUUUGUUAAAUGUAACAGAAAAUAUUUUCCAAAACCGAUUACAUUCUUAGCCCCGGCUCCAGCGGUGGAACGCAACGCACUGCCGUGUAUCACCCGUCCACCAGGAUAUCCAUACAGACCUAAGUUUGGUUUUCCUGAGAAUAGCGCAAGUGUAAAUAUACCGCCACCUCCCAGUUAUGAUCAGAUAACGCCAUCUUUUCCUAAUGCUUCUGCACCACCCUAUGCACAUUACCAUAAGGGUUUACAUUAAGUAGAACUUGAUAAUCCUUUCACUCUACCGGAAGUGGUUCGUAAACGAAAGGAUGAUCCGGUGACACUGUAAUACGUUCUCCCAGAUAUGUAACGGUGCGGCCUCCCCUAUUUUUACACAGAUCCUGCUCUUAAUCUAAUGUGGUGUUAUAAAUAUUAUAUCAUAUGCUUAAAUAAUUUUAGCCGAGCCUUAUCGCAUCGAACCUGUUUGAGGCACAAGCUAAUACGAUUUAUAAAAUAAACGCUUCGCAUUUCUCUCACUGCAGGGUUAAUUCUCCAUAUCUUGUAAUUCUGGUCAGAAAAAAUUCCCUUUAUCAACAGCGUCCAUCGACAAAGUCAUCUCCAAGAGAGGAGUCAUUUACUAAGCAAUAUAAUAUCUAUGCUAUCUCAUAUUUCAAGGAUAUCUUGUUUCAAGUAUGAAAAUGAGAGCUAAAAACAACUCCAAGGGACUCUUAUAGGUGAGGGAAAAAGAGGGGAGUAUUUUCUUUUCGUAGCAUAUUUUGGAAGUUCAAACGAGGCCUGUAAAUACAAUUAAUAUUUAGGAUUUAAAACCCAAGCUCUCGUCGACUAUUAGCAUAAUAAAUAAACUGUGUUGGAAAUAGAAAAUUUGAUAUCACUAGGUGACCAACUUAAUGUAAACAACAAAUGUAACGGUAGCAUUGAUCGUUUAC